UUUGACCUUACCUGACCUUUGUAAGUGUCCAAUAAAAUUCAAAUAAAAUUUCCCGCGGCUAGACACGUAUAAAUACACUUAAUUUAUUCCAUUGACUGAUUUGAGCAUACCACCAGAACAUUGGAAACAUGACCGCGUCUUUGUAACACUGUUUAACUGCGUGUUCAGCAUGAAACAAUUUUAUCUCUAAUGAAAAGGCUUGACAGAUAGAAAGUUUUACACUCAACACUCGACAUCAAUACAGUUUUUGCGUGCACCUUCUAUUUUCAGAGGAUUGCCAGCGCUAGAGCGUUUGUACUUAAAGGCUAUGUUCUCAUAUAUAGUAAUUACUUCCAUAUUCCUGUCUGUGUACUAGUAUAUUUAAGUUCAUAAAUGUAUCGUUUUACCCUACCCUGAUAUUCGUUUGGCCAUACCAUUUUAAAUUGUUUUCGAAAUUGAACAUUUAACAUGUAAAAGUAUAAAGUUUUAAACAAGCCGUCGUUCCAGCAGUGGAAGCGUGGCCUCACUUAAAUGCAUUGCAUUUCAACCCGCAAGGUGUCACGGUCAGUUCGCGGCUAGUAAAACAAUCGUUAUGUAAUAAAGACGCUAUCGCGUGAACUAGGUGAACUGGAAUUUUCUUUAGACCAGAAAUAUGUUAAAUGGAGAUAUUCAGCGAUUUAAUUAUGGCGUUCACCUGGAACACGUGGGGUCCGAUCACGGAAUCGGCGAAAGUGACGUUCAAUUGGCAGGACAGCAACAUCGGCAUGCUGGCCAACUACGGCAACAUCGCCCCCACAGUCACCGUGAUACCCAUGUUCUAAUUCAUGGAUGUGAAAGGCCUACGCAUCUCCCUGAUCAUCUGCGGCUUCCUGUUAGCGCUGGGCUGCCGUAUCCGGUGUAUAACCAUGGAGCCCGCCACCAUGACGUGGCUGUCGAAUUGUGGCGCGCUUCUGAUCAGGUUCGGCGGGUCAGUUCCGUAUGCCGCUCCCGCAAAGCUGUCAGCGGUCUGGUUUCCGCCGGAUCAGCGGACGACUGCCACGUCCAUCGCGUCUUUCUCCAACGACUUUGGCGUCGCCAUGGCCUUCAAUAUAGGUGACCUAUCGUUACAUAUGAGUCAGUGGUUUUCCUUAAUCAUAGGUGACCUAUAUAGCAGGCAGUGUUAGGCCUUCAUCAUAGUAAACCUACAGAUGGAACACUGUCAGACGUUAAAACGAAAAUACAGUAAAAGUUAAAAGUUGAAAUUGCCGUCCCUGAUAAUCCUGCGUUGACUGCAAGAGAACAAAUGGACGACACUUAACGCACAUGCAUUUAAUACUGUUUUCCCAGAGCGAGGCUCGUAUAUUACUUAUGUUAUCAUUGUCAAUAAAAACGUCUUAAAGGCUG